GUCCGACACACCAUGGAGUUGGUCGAGGGUGUUGUUCCUCCAAAGGGUUGCGUGUACCGAAUGGGACCCGGCGAGUUGGAGGAACUUCGACGACAGAUUGACGAAAUGAUUGACAAAGGGUGGAUCAAGCCUAGCGAAUCUGAAUUCGGUGCUCCUGUCUUGUUUGUUCCAAAGAAAGGAGGCAAGCUCCGCAUGUGUAUUGACUAUCGCGGCCUAAACCGCAUCACAAGAAAGAACGUCUAUCCAUUACCCCGAAUAGAUUACUUGCUUGAUGCCACAGGUGGUUGCAAGGUCUUCUCCAAGAUCGAUUUCAAGUCUGGCUACCACCAGAUUGAAGUCGAUUUUGCGGACCAGCACAAAACUACGUUCAAAAUGCAUGAUGGGCUUUACGAGUUUACCGUAAUGCCCUUCGGUCUUACGAACGCCCCAACCACCUUUCGAAGCCUCAUGGACAAAGUCCUCCGCGAACAGAUUGGCCGGUUCGUGGUGGUCUACCUCGAUGACAUACUAAUCUUCAGCAAGUCCAUGGAGGAACACCUCAAGCACCUUGAGGAAGUGCUAACCAUCCUCAAGAAGACGCAACUCUAUCUCAACUUAGAGAAAUCUGAGUUUGGGAAGGAUAGUGUCAUCUAUCUUGGGCACCAAUUGUUUGUUGCAGGCCUAGAGCCCGAGGCAACCAAGGUGGAGGUCAUACGCAACUGGCCUCAGCCCGUGAAUGUUCACGAAGUGCGCUCUUUUCUUGGUCUCGAGUCGUACUAUCAGAAGUUUGUGCCCCGCGCGUCCAUUGUCUCGAUUGACAAGUUAGAAUGUUUCCCAUUCUUGGGACGUCGCGUGCACGAACGCCUUUCAAGCUUUGAAAGACGCCUUGCGGGGAUCACGAUCACUGAUGAUGUUCUCGGGGAGGCCGUGAUGGCGUGCGACAUGAUCGAAGAGGAGGGUGGCGACGUCUUUGGCACUGUGCGAAGUCGUGCAAGGAAUGAAGUGGGCACGUUUGGUCAAGCGACAGACAAUGAUGUGGAUGCAAUCAUGCCCGCGGUCGGUCUUGGGGAGGCCGCACACGAAGUCCAUGGAGAUGGACUGCCAAUGCGGGCUUGGCGUGGAGUGAUAUCUUUCUUGGAGAGGAUGGAGGAGACAAUGGUGUUGCCCAUGCGGAUGGUGAAGUAUUGUCGGUCGAGCGUGUUGGCAGCGAUCGUUCCAAUUGAAGGGCUUGUCCUUGCGUGUGAGUUCGUGGAGAGGGUAAGAAAUCUCGGAAAAGUUGUGAAUGAACGGACGGUCAUAGUUGGCAAGGCCAAGGAAGGAACAAAGUUCGAGGAGGGUCUUGAGCAGGGGGUACUCGACGAGGGUUGUGACCUUCGAGGGGUCCAUACAGUUGCCUUCAGCGAAGACAAUGUGGCCGAGGUAUUCGACGCUCGAAGCGGCAAACGUACGUUUGCUGAGCUUGGCGUAGAAUUUCUGCUCUCGGAGGAUCGAGAGGACUUGGCGAACAUGCUGGAGGUGGGACUCGAAGGUGGGCCUAAAGGUGAGGAUGUCAUCAAGGUACACGACGACACAGACUUCGAGGAGGUCACGGAAGAUGUGAUUCAUGGCGGACUGGAAUGUGGCGGGGGCAUUGGUGAGUUCGAAAGGCAUUACGAGGAACUCAUAGUGCCCGAACCGAGAGCGGAAUGCGGUCUUAUGGGUGUCGUCCUCGCGGAUACGGAUCUGGUGGAAGCCACUGCGAACGUCAAUCUUGGUGAAAUAUUUGGCUCCACGAAGUCGAUCAAGGAGCUAGGAGAUCCGAGGAAAGGGGUACUUGUUCUUGAUCGUGAUAAGGUUCAAGGCGUGGUAGUCUGUGCACAUGCGGAGUUCCGAAGUUCCACCUUUCCUUACAAGAGGGCGGCUAGUACCGAAGGGAGAUGAACUCGGCUUAAUGAACCCUUUUUGAAGGA